CUCGUCUGCUUUCACAGAUGAAGAUGAGCUAUGCUGUACUCUGUGUCUCACUCUGUGUCUUUACAGCACAUCUCUCAAGCACCCAUGGCAUGACCCUCAUGAUUCCAGAGAAAAAGGGCUGGACUCUAAACAGUGCUGGGUACCUACUAGGACCUUAUGCUCACGGAAGUCUUAAUGUAAGACACAGAGCUACGAUGGGAAAAAGAGAUGUCUGGAAUGAGCAUACUAAUUUACCAACAUACAAUGAUUCAUACCUUCUCUCACUCCUGGGUCAUCUUGCAGAUCUGCGAUUAAAAGAAAUUGGAAUUACUGAAGAUUUCAUCAGUGGCCAUAUGAAAGAAUAAAAAAAAUAUCUCAGUUUCAUUCUUUUUAAACUAUAGCGGCUUUCUAGUAAAAUUUAUUGUUAUUUAAUACUGUAUGUUGCAAA